UUUGGACAUUACGAUGCAGCGGACGAUGCUCGCCGAAGUACACGACAAAGCUGCCACAGACUCGAAUACAUUUCUGCUCGAGAGGGCGGUUCGAACAAAGCGAUUCGGCAAGUCGGUACACUACAGUGUUGUUGUGGUGCGGACGAGGAGGAGGAGGAGGGGUAGGUGGGCGAAACACGAUACUCUCUCAUGAUGUUGUGCCGUAGACGGUGGGGUACGUACACGAGAGCGAGCGAGCGAGCGAGGAAGAAAGAAGCGACGGAAGACGAGCACUCCGUUUCCAUGACGGUACACUUGCUGGUGGGGUCCCGAGCGGCCGCCUGUCCGUCUGUCGCUCUGUCGGUGGGCCUGGCCUGGGCCAGACAGAGCUCAAGCUUCAAGGCUAGAGGCGAGGGCCAGCCAGCCAGCGCAACGCUGCACUGCCCAGUGCCUUCCCUCCUUCCUCUUCCGUUGUUCUCUUGGGCAGCGGUGAAUGCGGCGAGGAGAAUGAGGACGACGUUUUUCAAUCUGCUCGCACAUCUAUCUUAGGCUGUAGUAAUAGGACGCGGAAAUCGGACGAGCCGAGCCGCUCUGUGCGGGAUAGAGGUCCGGAUAGUGCAGGACGUACUGACUGCAGCACUGCUUUCUUCUCCGGGUUUUUCUACCAGGUCGCUUGACCUCCGAAGAAAAGGGGAGGGAGGGGAAGGGAAGGAAUGGAAUGACAGGGCAGGAAGCGAUUCCGAUCCGACUUUUUCUUUAUUUCUUUUUGGGCAACUCUUAAGCAGCAUGUCUUGACUUGCGGGGACUCGGAUGUGGGUCUAGAAUCUUGACCUUGCCUGACUGCGAGGUAGUUUCCAUCCUGGACAAAGGUAAACAGACAAACGGCUUCGGAGCAGCUUUGUUGACUUGGAGAUUUGCCUUCUAGCGGGCACAUCAUAAGCUGAGGUAGGCCAAGUCGGCAGCGGAGAUUUUCAAAACGGAGGGGAAACUCGAAGUACUGUAUUACGGAAUCUUUGGAUGGGGCUGGGUUGGGCUGGGCCAAAAGCCGAGAUGAGAUUUUGCUGAUGAAAUUUGCCAGCUGAAGUGCGAGAGUUUUCGGAAAUCGGCUGGCUGGCAGACGGUUGUUGGAGCCAUGCGGAGCGGCAAAGAUGCUCUGUUCUUCUCGUACUAUGAUCAGAGCAUGCCGUGGAUACGUUGGCAUUCCAAGGACUACAUAUUAUGGCUCUUUAUCUAACAGAGAGAGCUCAUCUGAGGGCUCCUUUUGCCGAGGCCCUCGCUGUGAGCGUUGACAAAUGUAGGCGGGGAGUGGUGGUGCUGCAAGUUAUCAACUCACCACCUUCAUGUAGACGCGUGAAACAGGGAUGGCGGGCCACCUUUGCUGCUGGAGCUCCGAUGUCUCGAACCCAGGCGCUAAAGAUCUGAGUAGAACACAGCACCAAACACCAAAGACUUUUUCUUUGGAUGAGCUUCGAAGAGCCACAAAAAGCUUUUCCUCCAGCAAUGUUGUCGGGAAGGGAGUACAUGGAACGGUUUACAAAGGGAAAUUGCGUGAUGGACAAGGUGCCCCUUUCUUGGUCGCUGUGAAGAGAUACUCUGGAGAUUUCAGUAAGGAGUUUCAAGUCGAGCUGAAUGCCCUAUCAAGGCUGCAUCAUCUCAACAUCAUUCGAUGCCUUGGUUCUUGCAUCCAGAAAGACGAGAAGCUACUAGUUUUGGAGCAUGCCUACCAUGGCAGCCUGUACAGUUACUUGCACUCUCAAAAGCCAAUCCUGAGCUGGACCGAAAAGCUGUCGAUAGCUUUGGGUAUCGUCGAAGGUUUGAAAUAUCUGCGUGCGGCAAACAUAAUUCACAGAAACCCCAAUUCCUCCAACAUUCUUCUGGACAAGAGUCUCGUGCCCAAAAUUGCAGGAUUUUCGUUGUCACUGAAAGCUUAUAAGGUCAAGGAAGAAGAAGGGCUACACAUUUCGUUUCUGGGUACACAAGGCUACACAGAUCCCGAUUAUCGAUCACAGGGUGCUAUGUCGACAACUGUGGAUAUCUAUAUAUUCGGUGUCGUUCUUAUGGAGCUAAUUACGGGAAAACCGCCUGUUGCUCCAGUAACUGACACCCUUCUUGUUACCGAAAUGCAUCAAAAGCAGGCCAGUGGCAGCAACUUCUCUGAUCUUGCGGAACCGAACGGCGUUGUGUCCCCUCUACUUACUUCAUCCAUAAAGAUUGCAAUGGAAUUAGCGCUAAGAUGCACACAAGCUGAUGCGAGAGAGCGGCCACGGUUAAAUGAAAUUCUUUGCUCGUUGGAAGAAGCAUUGAGACUACAGACCAGAGAAUGAAAAGGUUAGGGACUUGAUAAGGGCCCGACCCUAUGAACAAUUUGGGGUAAUUAUUUGCAGACAUAUCCUAUCGUAUAAGCUAAGAUUUCGUCCCUCGAUUCUUCCCGUUCCAACUUUCAAAUGUAGCAGUAGUGAGGCCGAUACCUGAUCUACCUACAUCAGCAUGGCAACUUACAUUUGCUUGGACUCUAUCAAAGGACGGUCAUUUUUGAUUUAGAUAAUGGGCUAGGAAGAGGAAGUUAUAAGUGUUGAUUCUGGUGCUACCUGGUAUUUAGCGAAGGAAUCGGUAAGUACCAAACCGUCUGUGGUCAGUAGCGAAACUUACACGGUUCACGCACACCCUUAGAAGAAAAGUCAUGGUGUAAUCUGGUCCUAUGCAUUGGCCGCAAUAUGGGAGCAUAGAAUGUUGUAUGCUUAUGGUAUUAUCCCGUCUUCCACUUCCAGAUUUCUUGCCAAGAGUCGAGAAAAUGUUUUUGGAUGGUGUUAAGGGUCACUACGAUCAUGGAAAUGAAGUUGAGGCAGUAGCGGUUGCUGACAAGCAACCUUUUGGCAAAUAAGCAACCGUUACUGCCUAAUCUAAGUAUCCCACCACCAAAUUUUCGAGCAUCAUCAUACAUUAAUUUUAGGUGGGUUUGCGGCUCAGCCCAAACUUUACUUUCAUAUGGGCUGUCGAGGGAUCCAUAACAUCGUCUACUUUAAGAAACGUCCAAUUCUCUGAUCCUUGGUCUUCAGGAGGGACUGAUUCGACUGUACGAAAUUUCCCUAACAUCAUACGAAAUCGUGAACAC